GGGCAGGCUCUCUGCCCAUUCUCAGCUCCCAUGCUGCACCGUCCCCUGUAUUGCUGCUGCUGUCAGCUGGUGUGGUCACGUGGUGGGGUGGAAGGUCGCUCUGCUCACAAUGGAGCUGUCGGAAGACUUGCAGAGGGGUUUGCACCGCUUAGCGGAUUCAGCCCGUUUUGGCCCCAAAUCCUUUACGGCUCUGCUCCGGGCGGCUUUCCUGAGCCUGAGCGGGGAGCAGGCCGCAGACACAGCCCUAGACUGCCCAGAGUUGCAGCACAUUGACUCAGGCCACGUUAAACACAGCCAUGCUGCAGCCACUACCUGUAUACUGGAAGCUGUUAAACACAAUGCAGACAGAGCAGCAUUCAGCACAUUCCUAGAAGACUGUAAACUCGACAAAGAGAGAACAGAACAGUUUUGGACAGAAUACCAGAAACACAAGGAAGCUCUGGAAAUCCUUCUUGAGAGAUAUCUAAUUGAGCACCCAAUCAGACAACAGAUGUACGAUUUCACUGCUCUAUGGAACAAUUACAGGUAUUUUAUUUAUUUCAGUGCAAAAAUGCAUCGUACAACCAGGAUCAAAAUUACCGAGCUCAACCCCCAUCUCAUGUGCGUCCUUUGUGGAGGAUAUUUCAUCGAUGCAACAACCAUCAUUGAAUGUCUACAUUCCUUUUGUAAGACUUGCAUUGUGCGUUAUCUGGAGACGAGCAAAUAUUGUCCUAUCUGUGAUGUUCAAGUUCACAAAACAAGACCUCUUCUCAAUAUCAGGGCAGAUAAAACUCUCCAAGAUAUUGUGUACAAGUUGGUACCAGGUCUUUUCAAAAAUGAAAUGAAAAGAAGAAGAGACUUCUAUGCUGCCCAUCCUUCUGCAGAUGCCUCCAAUGGUUCCAAUGAAGACCGAGGGGAGGUGGCAGAUGAAGACAAGAGGAUCAUUACAGACGAUGAAAUUAUAAGUUUAUCCAUCGAAUUCUUUGACCAGAAUAGGAUGGAUUGUAAAGGUAACAAAGAAAAAGACAAAUCAAAAGAAGAGGCCAAUGACAAGAGAUACUUGCGCUGUCCUGCAGCAAUGACAGUGAUGCAUCUAAGAAAAUUUCUGAGAAGUAAAAUGGACAUUCCCAGCAACUUUCAGAUCGAUGUGAUGUAUGAAGAGGAGCCCCUGAAAGACUAUUACACGUUAAUGGAUAUUGCAUAUAUCUAUACAUGGAGACGGAAUGGUCCUCUCCCUUUGAAGUACCGGGUCAGGCCCACUUGUAAGAGAAUGAAGAUUGCCCACCCUGCAGACAGAAUUAAUAACACCAGUGGGGAUCUUGAAAGUGACUCAGGCAGUGAAAAGGGGGGCAGCCCAGCCGGGGGAAUGCCUUCAACGUCAUCCUGUAUGCCAAGUCCCAAUACACCGGUACAGUCCCCACACCCACAAUUCCCUCACAUCUCCAGCACCAUCAAUGGGACCAAUAGCAACUCAAGCUCCAACCACCAGAACCUAUUCACCAACAGAGUAAGGAAAAUAUCCCUCAAUGGUUCUUCUGCCACUUCUUCUGGCUGAGAGGCCACCGGUCAGAGCAACGUUCCAGGGAGGAUUUAAAGACUGUAAUUCUUCAUGUCAUUUGCAGCUUUAUAGAUGCUAAUUGUGUGACUUUUUUUUUGUUGUUGUUGUCUGAGUUGCCUAUAUUUUGUAGUGAAAUCAGGACAUGGCCUUCUGAGGACUUGGGUGACUUUGUUUUGGACCUUCUAUGGAAUGCAAGAUUGAUGUUAUUUCCUGUUUAUAUUGGCAACAAAAGGAAAUAUAAAGCUGGAUUCUGGUUUGGGCAUCAUUUUUCUGAACAGCAUUGCCGACACUGAAUGGGUACUCGCUGCUUCUUAUUUGUUUUGGACCUUUAUUGGACUCUUACUCAGGGUCCGAAUCCUAUCUGUUCUCCGCUUGGAUGUACAAUAAAACGCAGAGAACCAGUGGAUCCCUCCUGCUUUGUGGAUUGUAUCUUUAAGUCGUUGUGGAUGUAUCCAGACGUACGUGGAUUGCCUUGACCUUGGAAUGACUUUGGUCUAUAUCUUGGGAAUUAGAUAAACUGGCCCAUCUUGUGGUGUUCCUGAUCUAACGCUGUUUAUGUGGACUAUUAGAAAGCGCUGUGUCAUCUCCAGUCCAAGUGCUUAAACAUCCUAUUUAAAGGAGAAAUACAUAGAAACUCUUCUAUGUAGCCAUUUCACUGUGAAUAGCGGUUUAUUGCGUGUUAGCCAUGUUUUGUUCUCUCUUUUUGGCAUUGUCUAAUAAAAAAACAAAAAAACAACAACAAUUUUGCUGCCAGGGAAGUGUGACCGUUCUGGCAGCAUAAUGGUUAAUCCCUUGCUGCACAGAAUCGAUCAAAAGAUAAGUAAGCUCUUACGUUUUACAAUCUCUUUGCCUAAAAAGCGGGUAUUUUGCCCUUUUUUUUUUUUAUUUUUUUUUAUUUUACUGACUUGUUUAAUGAUUCGCUUUUGUAAGAAUCAGUUGGCAUUAAGCUUAAUGUAAAAUGCCAUAUUGGUAUGACAAAACAGGAGAGAGUAUUGUAUGAUAUAUUUAUAAUACUAUAAUGAAGAUAUUGUUUUCAUGCACUCAGAAAUCAUUGUUACAUUUUCUAAAGUAUAUCCAGCUUAACACCUGCGGAUAGCACAGGCUUUUUUUAUUAUUCUUUUUUUUUUUAUUGUAUUGACAUUUUUAAAAGGGGGUCACCUGUGCCUUCUGCUAACUAGAAUCUGGAAAGGUCCCAUGCAAUAAUGGUACUGAUUCGUUUUAUUUGUAUAUCUUUUUAACAAGGUGUAAAAUAAACCCUCCGUUUUUCAAAUUUUAAAAUAAAAGUCUAAAACUUCAUUAGCAUCUGUUGGGAAGAAAAAUCAAUUGAUGAGGCAAUCCCAGGUCAUUGUAUGGUAGAUUAUUGAUGACUAUUUUCAUUUGGGGCCAUAUUUACGAACAUAUGGGGGAGGGGGUCAAGGUCUUUUGAUCACAUUAUAUUAUUGAUAAACAAUCAUUUUGGACCUGAAUGAACAACUGUGCCCCCACAACCUGUUAGCUCAAUCAUUGCUGACUAUGAUGGGAGUUGGAGUCCAUUUACAGUCUGUGGUGGCACAGUGUGAGAGUAAGUGGCAGAUGAGUCCCUGAGUUAUUUACUUACAACUCACUGGGUCAACGUUUGUACUAAAAACCAUGGCUAAUCAUUUCAUUGUCUCCGGUCUGCAAAAGAAGCACAAAUCUAUUGCUUUGUCUUGCUUAUAGUCAUUAAAUCGUUACUUUUUCAUA